CUGAAAGUAACCAACUUGAGGUCAAUAAUUGAAAUUAUUUAAAAAUUAUUUAAAAUUUAAAAUUUCUUAUGAGAUUUAUAUUACACUUGUGCUUUGCUUUGAGUAAUUUCAAAGUUGCUCAUUUUACUAACGGUCGAAGAAAAGUCACUGAUCAGAAGGAUUGAAUUCAUACACAACAUACACAAGACUUGCUAAGACCCUGACUCUUAGUUUGUACAUAUUUUUAGUUCAAGUAUUUACAAGGUCAACAUUAUCUAGAUAUUUGUACAUUAUGAUAUCAGGGUUGUGCCGAACAGUCUUACGUAUUAGACGCGUGACAAAUAUAAACUUGGGCACAAAUGACAUUAGACAAUGUUAAGUUCAUAAUACGUAAACAUCAGAUACAUAAACAGAUUCUAUCUUCUUACUUCUGUCGAUCGACGUGAGACCUUGCUUGGGCAUAACAAGUCGGCUAACGAACGAGGACACAGCCAAAAGCUCUCAGUCAGAAGCUCUUUUGUCAGUGUGCAUUGGAUAAAGUGACAAAUACUGUACAAAGGAACAAUUCUAUUACACGAUGGAGGCAAUUAUUUCUUUUAUAUUCCACGAUCGCCUGACGAAGCCCAAGGAGGGUGCUUUUUUAAUCAAUAUUGUGGAAAGUCGACUGCAACGGAAGAGCAAAUCUAGAAUUACCGGGAAAGUCAAGCCAACGACGGAGAGCGAUACAACGAUGAAGGCCAGCGAAAAACAUAUAAAACUUAUAAAAACAUCGGUUGAAACAAUAAAGAAGUACGAUGAGUGUCCAGCUGCCCAGAUGCUCGAAACAAUCAAAUCGUUAGAAGAGGAUGCAGCAAUUCUUGCUACUGCUACUGCGACUCCAAACCUUGAUGAGACGUUAUCGCUCGCGAUAAUUCAUCUCAACAUAGGUUUGUUGUGCAUGAGGGACCCCAAACCAGACAAACUGGCAACGAGUGAAAAAUAUUUCAAGUCGACUAUAGACUCCUUACAUGGACAUGAGAAGAAUCGGAAAGUUAUUUUAAUAAGUCUAAUAGCAUUCAACGCAUGGUACAUAGUGUCGCAGAAGACAAAGAAUACAGAAAAUUGUUAUAAACAGCUAAAAGGAGCACUGAAGGUAUAUAUGGAGUAUACAAAAGGUGACUAUCUCGAACCUAUUGACAUCGUGAGUAGCAUUUGCACUGAAGAUGAGGAAACGUCAACACCGCAGAAAUCUUACUUGGACAGACUUCACGUAGCAACUAUAGAAGGCUUAGUAUUCUUGAAUAACUCUGAAUCUAAUUUCUCUCAAUCUAUGCACAGCUUUGAAACGUAUAUCCAUAUUGUAUUGAAAGAAGAAAUAGGACAUAGAGAAGAGUUUUCACCUUCGGAACAUGCUAAUUGGAUUUUAGCUUCAUUUCAUUUAAGUAAAUACUUCAUAGAUUAUAGUCGCUUUGCUGAAGCCAAACAUCAUUUAACUGCUGCUACGUACAUGCGGGACAAAUAUAACAAAAUGAAAAUUUCUCCGCAAGACCAAAUCCAAGAGCGCAAUGAAAAAAUUGAAAAGAUAAAGUCGGAGAGUGUUAAAACAUGGAUACACUAUGGAUUUGUGCUAUUGCGUUUAUCGGUAGAGAAAUUACGAAUGUAUGCACUGUUAAAGGAAACCGAAGCGGAUGAACUAUUCAAAAAGUUCAAGAAAGAAAUUCCUGAGAAAUAUGCAUCAAGUUUUACGUUUCCUGGUUUGAGGAAAGUGCUGGAACCAUAUGCCACCAAGGUUACAGAUAAGUACGUGACAUGUUAUGAUGAUGCUUACACACUUUUUAAAAAAGUCAAGGAGUGGAUUGAGACGAGAGAGAAAGUGGAAGACAUAAACGAGAAAGGAAAACUGAGGCUAAGGCUGUCGAGAAUGUAUGGAUAUUUAGCAUUUUUUGAGGACAGAGAGGACAUGAUCGAAACACAUCAAACCCGAUUUGAGCUUUUAAACAAUUUUAUUACCAACACUGAAAAAAAAGAGCUACAGAAAGAUACGCUUCUUUCCAUUUAUCUUCAGAUGGCAGUUAUUAACGUUAUGCGUUUGGAUAUGUUUGAUGAAGACAUGAAAUACAAUAAUGAAAACUUAAGCGAAGACCAGGCAGAACGCUUGAAACAAUUAGCAGCUCAGGUCAAUACGUACUUUGUGAUGGCUUUAAACACACAUUCGAGUCUCAUCCAAGGAUAAAAGCGAAAAUGACGAGUUAACAUCCUUAUUUAUGGUAUGUAGGUUAUACGUAAACAUCAAAAGGUUUCCAAUGUAAUGUUACAAAUAGAGAACACCGGAGGAUGUCGAUGCACGUACUUGCUUUAAAUUUUUAUUUUUAAUCAAUCUUUAAUUUUUAACUCUAAAUAACAAAAAAAGCCAAACACUUUAUAUUUUAUACUUGUAUUCAUGUAUCUCUAAACGACGAAAGCCAAACACUUUAUAUCUUAUACUUGUAUUUAUGUAUCAAUAAUUUAUCUCAAUACGAAGAGUUCUUAAUAAAGAUAUUAUUUUAAUAAAA